CCACUCCGCGUCCCACACGGCCUGCAGUCAGUCGAACUUGACGUCAUCGCUUCCGCCCUGCCUCCCCCCUCUCUCGCUCUCGCUCUCACACACACACACACACACUCACACCACUCCCCCCCCUCUCUCUCGCUCUCUCUCUCUUUUUCUCUCCCCUCCUCCUCGCUCUGUCGGCGGCGCUGGCCGCAGCCUACAGAAUCCAACAUGGAGUAACGAGAGAUGGGGCUCGUGCGGGGCCACCCUCAGCAACAUCCGCGCGCACUCUGAAAACCACGGGAUUUCGAGUCGAGUUUAUCCUCCUGCACGGCACGUUUGGACAGGCAAAAGAGACGGCUCGGAAAACCAACGGGGAUUUACACUUUUCGGUGGAUACACUUCUCUAAACGUUUGUAGGAAAAAAAAAGAGAACAAAAAAGCGAGCGAGCGAGCAUAAGAAGGGAGAACGAACAAAAGGCAAACAUCGAGAGAGAAAAAAAACUCCGGAGAAAAACGGUGCUACAGUAUGUGAAAAGCGAGGAGGUGUUGAGCAGAGGCUACGAUAAAAAUGAAGAGAACAGUGCGUGUACCCGCUGUGGGAAUUCAUCGUAGGUGAAACGAAAAAAAAUGACCGAGGAAACACACCCAGACGAUGACAGCUACAUUGUGCGCGUUAAAGCGGUGGUGAUGACGCGUGACGACUCCAGCGGGGGCUGGCUGGCGCAGGAGGGCGGCGGCCUCAGCCGCGUGGGCGUGUGCAAGGUGCUGCCCGCCGAGCUGAUCGGCCGGAGCGACUUCCUCAUCCACGGCGAGAGGCUGAAGGACAAGCAGGUGAUCCUGGAGUGUUUCCUGAAGAAGGACCUGAUCUACACCAAGGCCACGCCCACCUUCCACCACUGGAGGGUGGACAACAGGAAGUGCGGCCUGACGUUCCAGAGCCCGGCGGACGCCCGGGCCUUCGACCGCGGCGUGCGGAAGGCCAUCGAGGACCUGACGGAGGGAUCCACGACGUCCUCUUCCACGCUACAGAACGAGGCUGAGCUGGGGGACGAUGACGUCUUCACUAACGCCACCGACAGCUCGUCCAACUCGUCCCAGAGGAAGGAGCGCCCCCCCCAGCCGCUGCCCCCACCCACCCUGUGCGACCCCUGCAGGCACCACUGCAUCCUGGGACACUUCCACGACCCCUACCGGCCCUCCCACCACUACUUCCUGGAUCAGGUACGCCCCGCGCCUCGCUUUACGGCUAUUCAGCCAAAUAAAGAACAUGAGACACAAACCGUCUUCAGGUGGACGGUGGCAGAGUUGCCGGAGGUGUCUGGGGCUCUGAAGUGGCAGUUAAACGCUCUCCGACCUCUCUGCCCCGGGCCCUGCCCUGCGCCCGUCGAGGGCCGUCGCGGUCCGUCAGAGAUCCGGGUCGGCGCACGGGCCCGAAUGGGCGGUGCUAGCGUCUGCGGCUUCGGGCCCUGA